GAUAAACAAAUAAAUAAUAAGGUAGCAACUUAUUUCUGUGGGUUAACUUUCCUUAUGGUUUCAUGAUCAAGAUGAGAGAUGGCAGGCAUUUGAAAUGUGUCCAUAAUAAUCCACAAGGAGGCCAUCUACCUGAUUAUGCUCCACAUCCAGCGACUGUAUUGAGAAUGGAAGAUGGGACAGGGCUUCUUCUCCCUAUUAUUGUUUUGGAGAUGCCAAGUGCACUGCUCAUGGCGGCUGUGCGCAAUGUCCCAAAUUGUAAGUUUUCCGAUCUAGGUGGUGGUAAAGCCAUCCUGCCAAAUUUCUUGCAGCGUUUAUUUAUUCUGUUACUGAAAAAGACAAAUGUCGGCGCCAGACCAACAAUGUAUCAAGUUGUGAAUGACAUGGUUGAGAAGAUGGGUUACACAGUUAAACUUGUUCGAGUUACCAAGAGGGUGCAUGAGGCUUAUUAUGCUCAGUUAUACCUAACAAAGUCCGACAAUGAUGCUGAGUGUAUUAGCUUUGAUCUCCCUCCUGAUGAUGCAAUCAACAUUGCUGUGAGAAGCAAGGAGAUAACUUGUCUCAAACAUCUGUUUUAUACACGAUUAACUGAUACCUCAUUAUUUUGGAGUUAACAACAUAUGCAAUGUGUAUCCUACUUCAUAUCUACCCUAAGCCGAGGACACAAGUACUACCAAUUCAUGAUCCUUCCAAUAAUAAUCUGUUCACCAUUGAUGUCCUGAUCCCACCAUGUUCUCUCCACAAACCAGUGACUUCUAGAGGCUUGUACUGUGCCCGGUACAUGACUCCUCAGUCCUUUGUUUGCUGUAGGAGAUCUCAUCCAACUUUUCAAUCGACUGUGAGAACUUCCGUAUUUGUGCCUUAUUUCUCCUAGCUGUGCUCCUCCUCCAUUCACCUUCAUCUGAUCCUAUUGUAUCAACUUUGUUUUUCUUUUUGUUAUUAUAGUUGUACAGUUCAUACCAAGUACUAAGGAUGUAAUUCAAUUCAAUCCCACCUCUAUCAACAGGUUGAGCACAAUAUAGAAAUUGUGUCCAAUGCAAUCCAUAUUUUCCUCAGUCCCCAUAGCUAUGUCCUAUUUCCUCGCUUCAAUUCAACUUUAUCAUGCCCUUGCACGAAAUGAUUGCUACAUAAUAAACCUUCUUCUGUUCAAUUGUUCUAGGUGUCAAUACUGUAGUUUAUUGGGUACACACAAUCUGUAUUUUCACAACACUACUUCAACACUAGUUCAAGUUUAAAACAAGAACACUAUGAAGUACAACAA